AUGCAGACUGGAAAAAAACUCCAUAACCAUGUGAAAAGGAAUGGGUUUAUCAGGAAGGAAGCAGAUCUAGAAACUCAUGGAAGGGAAAAGCCAUGUGACGGUUUUAAAGAAAGUGGCGCAUUCAAGCAGAGUAAUGAUCAGUUUAUUCAUAGCAGGAAAAGGCAAAAGAUCACCAAGGGGCGACACACAGAAACAAUCAACAGCAAAAAAACAUGUAAAGGCGCCAUUCACAACAAGCAUCUUCUAGGUAAAAACAGUUUAGCAGAGCAUCAAAAAAUUCAGGAUAGAUGGGGAAAGAAGAAACCAAUUACAUGUACCAUAUGUGGCAAAUCUUUUACUGAUAAGAGAAGCCUGGUAGCGCAUCAGGUAGUCCAUACUGGGCGAAAACCCUAUAAAUGCGCUACAUGUGAUAAGGAGUUUUCACAUAAGAGAACUUUGAUGCUGCAUGAGAGCAUCCACACUGGACAGAAACCCUAUAAAUGUGACAUAUGUGACAAGAGCUUUACACUGAAAGGGCGCAUGAUAACACAUCAGUAUAUUCACAGUGAACAUAAACCAUACAAGUGCCCUUUUUGUGAUAAGAGUUUUGCACAGAAAAGUAACAUGUUACAACAUCAGCAUGUUCACACAGGUCAGAAACCCUAUAAGUGCACCGUGUGUGACAAAAGCUUUGUGCAGAAAAUAAAUUUGGUAAAACAUAAUUUAGUCCAUAUUGGUCAACAGCCUUAUAAAUGUGCCACACGUGAUAAGAGUUGUACAGACAAGACUAGCAUGGUAAAACAUCAAAAUAUUCAGUGUGUGAUCUCUCAAGCUGUUCAACCUAAACACCUUGAAGAAAUUAAACAAAGGCAGAAACCCUAUAAAUGUAUUACAUGUGAUAAAAGUUUUAGAUACAAAGUCACUAUGUUAAAUCACCAAGGCAUUCAUACAGGGCAGAAGCCAUAUAAAUGUGUCACGUGUGGUAAGGGUUUUACUGAAAAAGCUAGCAUGCAACGACAUCACAAUAUUCAUACUGGCCAGAAUCCCCACAAAUGCAAUAUGUGUGACAAGAGUUUUAGGCACAGAGUCACUCUGUUAAGUCACCAGAGCAUCCACACUGGACAGAAACCAUAUAAAUGUGCCACAUGUGAAAAAAGUUUUACUCGCAAGAGAAAUUUAACAGUGCAUCAGAGUAUCCAUGCUGAAAAGAAACCAUAUAAAUGCGUUACAUGUGACAAAGGUUUUGUAUACAAGAAAACUCUGACUCUGCACCAGAGCAUCCACACUGGACAGAAACCCUAUAAAUGUGACAUAUGUGACAAGAGUUUUACACUGAAAGAACGUAUGAUAACACAUCAGUAUAUUCACACUGAACACAAACCAUACAAGUGUGCUUUUUGUGGUAAGGGUUUUGCACAGAAAGGCAACAUGAUACAACACCAGCAUGUUCACACGGGUCAGAAACCCUAUAAAUGCACCGUGUGUGACAAGAGCUUUGUGCAGAAAAUGAAUUUGGUAAAACAUAAUUUAGUGCAUACUGGUCAAUAA